AUGUCUACCGUUGCGAAAAAGAAGAAAAUACGCCAAGGUCACCGAGCUUACGCUUCGAAAAUAUUAGGAAAUGUGAAAAGCGUAAUACAGAAUUAUGACUCAUCGAAUGAAAGCAUAUUGAGACAACUCAAGAUUUCCUUAGAAGAGAGAUUAAAGAAACUGAAAACUUUAGACGAAGAAAUACUUGAAGUUAUUGAAGACAGCGAAAUUACGAGCGAAAUAGAAGAGUCUGGAGAGUUUACCGAGAAUAUUUAUGGAGCUAUUGUAGAGAUCGACAGCGUUUUGUCGAAGAGCAAAUUACACCAACAACUAGAAAACAACGGAGACAAUUUAAUCGGAGAAGCAGAGAGUUUAUCGCAAAGCAAUGGAUCGAAGAAUAAACACGCAAAACUACCGAAACUUGUAUUAAAUACAUUUUACGGAGAACCAACUCAAUGGCUGUCGUUUUGGAAUUGUUUUGAAAGCGCUGUUAAUAAGAACGAUGAACUGUCUAAAGUGGACAAAUUUAAUUAUCUCAAGAGUCUCUUGAAAGGUCCAGCAGCGUUGACAAUCGCAGGUCUACAACUUUCGGCAGAAAACUACGAUACAGCGGUGAAAUUAUUACAAGAGCGCUUUGGAAAUAAACAAGUAAUAAUUAGCGGUCAUAUGGACAGUUUGUUAAAAAUAACAUCAUUGAACGUUUCGAAUGACGUAAAGAAACUACGACAAAUGUACGACAAAGUUGAGACACAUGUAAGAGGUCUACAAGCUCUAGAA